GUAAAGACAACUGAGCAUAACACUGCAGUGCAGCACCACUGAGGAUUAUACACCAGACACCAAUACCAUACUAGACAGCCUUACUUAAAUUGAUACAUAGUAUUUUAGUGUUGUGGUGGACAUCAAGAGGACUAUCAGGUGGAAAAAUAGAAGUCAGUCUGGGGAUAUUUUGAAACGAGCAGCAGUCCAGCAUGCAGGUGAUAACAUGUGCGUUGUUUACGCUCGUCACUCUCCCUAUCAGCACCGUGUCGGAGGCUGACUCCUGCCCUGCUGUCUGCGAGUGCUCUGAGUGGAAGAGCCACACAAUCUCCUGCUUUGACAUUGAUAUUCUUCCCAGGUUUCCAGCAAGCACGGAGACACUAUGGCUUUUUGAGACCCGCCUUUCAUCCGUGCCAGCAGAUGCUUUUGCCAACAUGGUCAACAUCUCAAGGAUAUAUAUAUCGGUGGAUAUGACGCUGCAGAGGCUGGAGAAGCACUCGUUCUACAGCCUGAGGAAAAUCACCCACAUAGAGAUACGUAAUGCAAAAAGUCUGACCUACAUUGACCCAGAAGCGUUUAAAAAUCUCACAAACCUCAAAUACUUAGGAAUUUUCAACACUGGCCUAACAUACUUCCCUGACUUGAGAAACAUCCACUCUAAUGACAUGAACUUCAUACUGGAAAUUGUUGAUCAUCCUCACAUCACUGAGAUCCCGGCCAACUCUUUCCAUGGCAUCACCAGCGAUGUGCUGACAGUGAUGCUGUAUGGGAAUGGCUUCAGAGAAAUCCAACAUCACGCCUUUAAUGGGACCAAGCUAGAUCAGGUCGACCUUCACAGGAACAGGGAUCUUACCAAGAUGGAUGAAAGGGCUUUCGCGGGCACCAUCAGUGGCCCCAUGCUGCUAGAUGUGUCUCUAACAGGGAUCAACUCCCUGCCGACCACAGGUAUGGGUUCUCUCCGGGAGUUGAAGGCGCGCAAUGCCUGGGCCCUCAAGAAACUGCCGGCCAUCAAAACCUUCAAACACCUCACCAUUGCCAACCUCACCUACCCCAGUCACUGCUGCGGCUUCAAAAACCUCAAGAAGAAACGAGGCUUUUUGGAGUAUAUCAUCUGUAACCUGACUGCUUUCUACGACCAGCAUCACAAGCGUUCUGUGGGGCCCCUCCGCAUGCCGUCCCUCCAAGGGGAAAGUGUGGCGGAAACAAUCCCAGACGAGGAGCCAAACGAUGGCCACCGAGAGAGAGAGUCCCAGCAAGACUGGUGGAGAGGUGACUUCCAUGGCAGCCUGCACUACCACGCCUACUUCGGGGGCCAGCCAGAUGAGGAUGUGGGUUUCGGAGAGACCCUCAAAAACCCCCAGGAGGACACCAGCCAAGACUUUGACAGUCGUUACGAUUAUGUGGUGUGUGAGGAGGGAGAGGAGGUUGAGUGUGCACCAGUGCCUGAUGAGUUCAAUCCUUGUGAGGACAUAAUGGGUUUUGGCUUCCUGCGAGUGUCUGUGUGGUUUGUAAGUCUGCUGGCUGUUCUGGGAAACGUGAUGGUGCUCCUGGUGCUGCUCACCAGCCACUACAAGCUCUCGGUCUCCCGCUUCCUCAUGUGUCACCUGGCCUUUGCAGAUUUGUGCAUGGGAAUUUAUCUGCUGCUUAUCGCCUCUGUAGACCUGCACACACAAGCCGAGUACUUCAACCACGCCAUAGACUGGCAGACGGGCCCUGGCUGUGGACUUGCAGGUUUUUUUUCUGUCUUUGCAAGCGAGCUGUCUGUCUACACCUUGACGGUGAUCACUCUGGAGAGGUGGUAUGCUAUCACCUUUGCUAUGCGGCUGGAUCGUAAGCUGCAUCUGCACCACGCGGCAGCCGUGAUGCUAGGUGGCUGGGUCUUCUGCCUGCUCCUGGCCCUGCUCCCACUGGUUGGGGUGAGCAGUUACCAGAAGGUCAGUAUCUGUCUACCAAUGGACACCCAGUCCACAGUGGCUCAGGUCUACAUCUUGUCAGUGCUGGUCCUUAACAUCCUGGCCUUUCUUGUUAUCUGUGCUUGCUACUUCAAGAUCUACUGCGCAGUGCAUAACCCUCACUACCGCUCUGGAUCCAAGGAUACCAACAUCGCCAAGCGCAUGGCUGUCCUCAUCUUUACUGACUUCUUGUGUAUGGCGCCUAUCUCUUUCUACGCCAUGUCAGCUGUGCUGAACCGGCCACUCAUCACUGUCUCCAACUCCAAGAUUUUACUGGUGCUCUUCUACCCGCUCAAUUCCUGUGCCAACCCGUUUCUCUAUGCCAUCUUCACUAAGGCCUUCAGGGGUGACAUAUUCAUCCUCCUCAGUAAGGUGGGCCUAUGUCAGCAGCGAGCACAGCUGUUCAGAGGCCAGACGGUCUCAUCAAAGGGCAGCAGCGGUACAUCUCAGGUCCGUAGAGACAAGGAUAAGUUUAGAAAAGGUGGAAGCGGAGGCCAGGAAGAGGUGCCCAUCCAUCUGAAGAAGUGCUCUGGACAUACCUAUCACCAAGCAGUCUGCCAGCAGACAAGCCCUGAAGAGAGCCAGAGCCCGAACACGUGAGCCUAACACCCAGCUCGAGGUAGUAAAGCAAGACAGGUUCAGGUGGGAGUGUUUGUGGACAGUUCUGUUUGGAUAUUUAACAGAAAGCUUCAGUAUUCUGUAUCUGCUUCAAUUUUCAGGCCAAGUUCAGCUGUUUUCACAAUUUCGGCUGUGAUGAUUUUACGGUUCCAGUUGUUGGAGAAUAUCAAGUGUCACUGAAAUAUGAGCCCGACUUCAUCUCACUUAUAGUCCUUUGUAUUUGGAGGGACUAGCUAGAAUAAAAUGGAUAUUAUUUUAUAGUAGUAAGGAUUAAAAACUCAUACAUAACUAUGAAUAAAAUGCAUUUUUUUCAAUAUCUUUAAUUAUAUAUUGAAUUUUAUUUCAAAUUAUAUCUAGAUAUUUUGGCAUUGAUAUACAAAGAAAUAUAACAGACGUAAUUCAUUUUCCUGUGAAAAGAAGACCUUUCUGAAAUGCCCUGUUUAUACUCAGUUAUUGUGUUCAAGAACAGCCUGCUGGCUCAGUGCCGUUCACAGUGGAAACUUAUCCAGUUUACAAAAAUAUAAAAACACUGCAUUUCUUAUUGUCUUAUCAAUACCUCUGUCUGUAGUAUAAAUACACAACAGUGUUUGGUGAUUUAUGGAUGAAAACUGGACACAUUGCUUGUGAUUUCUUUGGAAUUCUUUUGUCUGUUUAGCUGGAACUGAAAAGUAAAUAUGGACAGGUAUAGCAUAGGACAUUACUGUGAUACUGGAAAGCAGACAUGAGUGUUUGUACAGUUCAAAUUGUACUUGUAAGUGUCUAAUACACAAAAUUGAUGUAUCACUUCCUUAGAUUCAUAAAAAUAUUUAUAACGUU